AGGGUGCGAAAUUUUUAGCGCACGUUGCUUUGGAAAAUUAUCACCUGUUAAAAAAUGACACAUUUGUCGCAUUAAAUACCGUAAAAUAAUAAUGACAUUACUUGUCAGUUGUAGAAAAAACUAUUUUUUCUACGAGCGUGUGCAAAAUAGGUACUUUGCACACGCAGUUGGUAACGCAAAAUUCACUUUUGCGCACUAGUGCGGACGAGAGUUGAUUUUGCGCACUAGUGCUGACAAGAUUUAAUUUUGACAAAGUACCAGUAAAAAUAUUCACGUACCGUUGAAAGGUCUGUUUUAACAGAAAUCACAAACCAGUUAGAGAGUUUUUGAUUGGUGCAAAUCACCAACAACCAGUUUUCUGACUAUUUUUAACGAAUGAAAUUCGGUCUGACUGGUUUGUAAUUUCUGUGGAAGCAGGCCUUAUGAUUGCAUGACAUUUGCCGUCAGUGUUUAUACCUAGGUCUGUCGCGUCAGUGUCAAACAAAUUAAUUUAUCAUCUUUUCUUUGGCCGUUAUUUUAACUACAUCGUGAGCCUGAACCUAUAGAUACUCGCAAAAAAUGGGAAACAUUGCAGCAGAAGAGAUCGAGGAAAUACAACAUAUUUUAGAUAGAGCCGCCAGUGCCUGCAAUACCCCAAAGGUCAUCCGAAAAAUCUCUCAAUAUCGUUCACAAUAAUCAAAUGAAAUAAUUAGUUUUGGUUGUUUUUGACCAAAGAUGCCCGAAAAAAUUAUUAAUGGAGAUGCGGAAAAUAAUGAUGGAAAAGAUGCAUUGCUAGAGAAUAAUUCCAAAAAUGACGGUCAGGAUUUGUUAUGGAAACAUUCCUUGAAACAGAUUUUAGCGGCAUGUAUAGCCCAUUGCCUAGUUAUCCAAGCUGGAAUAAACAUGACUUUUAGUGCUGUUUUACUACCACAACUAAAUGCAGAUGAUAGCGAUAUUGUUAUUGAUUUACAUCAAGCUUCUUGGAUAGCUAGUUGUGUGACAGCCGCCCUUCCGCUAGGUUCACUAAUAAUUGGUCCAUUAAUGGACAAAUUUGGGAGAAAAAAUAUGUGCAUGUUUACCACAGUUCCUUUUGCCAUAUCGUGGUCAUUGCAUAUAUUUGCUACGAACGUUUGGUUCAUUUAUGUGGCUAGGAUUGUGGCAGGAUUUGGAGCAGGUUUAAGUACAGUUGGUCUAGUCUACGUCAGCGAAAUAUCCCACCCAAAAUACAGACCUAUGCUUCUAACAUUCAACAGUGUCGGAGUUACUUUAGGAAUUUUGAUAACCUGCGUUUUGGGUUAUGGACUGCACUGGACAUCGAUGGUAAAAAUAUUCCUGGCUCUGGUCGUCGUGACUGGUAUAGGAGUUUAUUUUUUACCGGAAAGUCCUUAUUGGUUGAUGGUAUUUAAGAAUGAUAAGAAAAAACUGGCGGACUCUUUACAAUGGCUUUAUCCUGAAACAAACAUAUUUAUUCAACAAUAUGACAGAAUCGUCUACUCGACCUAUAAAGAAGAAGACUCACAAAUAAAAUCCAAACUACAACAUAUGAAAGAAAACUUAUUAUUUUGCAAAAGUCCCAUAGUAUGGAAGCCUUUAGCAAUUUUACUAAUAAUAUUCAUAUUCCAGCAAUUUUCUUCCGCUUACGUGAUCGUAUUUUACGCCGUAGAUAUUUUUAAAAGGAUCGGAGCUGGCUUUAAGCAUAUUGGCUUUAUAGACGAAUAUGUUGCUUUAAUUUUAUUAGGUGGUGUAAGAUUUUUGAUGGCUAUAAUUUUGGCUAUGAUAUCCAAAAGAGUUGGCAGAAGACUUUUGAUGUUUAUUUCUUCAGUUGGUAUGAUUAUAACCAGUUUUGCUUUGGCACUUCUCAUGCAAUUAACCGAAAAUACUCACGAAACAGGCUUGAUGAACGUGGAUGGUACUGUAGCCAUUGUUUUAGUACUGGCCUAUAUUUGUUUCAGUUCAUUUGGUUGGCUUGUGAUUCCGUGGACACUUAUUGGAGAAUUACUGCCAGUGAAAGUUAGAGGAGUAUUAGGCGGCUUGUUAAUAUCCAUAGUUUAUAUUUUAAUGUUUUUGCUAGUUAAAGUGGCUCCGUUUUUAAUGGAAAGCGUCAGUUUAGUAUCUAUAUUUUACGGCUUAAGUGUAAUAAAUUUAGUAGGGUUUGCUUUUCUGUAUAAAUUUUUACCUGAAACUUUAGGGAAAACUUUUGAGGACAUCGCAACUUUUUUUGAUGAGAAAAUUAGACGGUAAUGAUAGGCGAAAGACAUUUGAUAGAUCUCGAAGUAUUAAAUUUAUUAUUUAUUUUGUGUGUGAGUGCAUGGCAUAUUUGUGUAAUGAUCUAAUAGGUUCAGAUAGAAAUAUAGUUUUUAGAUUUUUGUACAAGUAUUCUAUAGUUAUAUUAUUUUGUAAUAAAUAUAUGUAUAAUAAAAUAGUGAAAAUUUUAUUUAUUUUUCUAAAUUUCAGUACAGUUGCGGAUCAUGUCAGUUCUUUUAAGGGAGAGAUUGUGCCAAAAUAUGACUUAUUCGGUUUUUUUUUUAAAGUUUUCCAAACUUUUUUAGUCGAAUUUUGUACUUAUUUCUCUAAAAUUUUGUAGGUACCUAUGUAUUUGUUCUAUAUGGCAGCGUUUUCCCGGUUGAUAAUUUUCUAGCUGUGCAGACCACAGAAAUAUGUAAGUAGGUAUUGUUUGAAAUUUUCAUUAUUGUGAAAUAAACCAUGCAAGAACUGACCCUGUAUAGCUGUACUAAAGACCCUUGUUGAGGAAUUUGUCUCUUAUUGAUCGCCUGACGCGAAAUCUAUUGUUCUCGAUAGAUAAAGGAACAACCAAGAAGGGACUUGGUACCAAAGUUCAAAGUUUCGAGGGUGCGAAAUCUACCUGCCAACAGUCGUCGCGUUAGCUUUUAUCGGUUAGAUGUAUUUUCUUUUGCUUACGAUUAUUUCUUGAAUCCAAACUUACGAAUUAAUUAAAUUGUUUAUUAUUGAUUGCGUCGUUUUAUUUGGGAUAUUCCGAAUCCCUUACAGUGCAGCGGCGGGAUAGUACUCGCGAUACAUCCGUAUUAGACAAUAUUUUUUUAAAUAUUGUAAAUAAAGUGACAUAAACUAGUGUGAUAGUGUGUCAUAAUCGGUAAACGCAGGCAUAAAAGGCGUAGCCCCAGUAGUGAUAGCGACAGUUCAACUUCAACAAGUAGUUCAGAUGUCGGUCGCUACAAACGAUCUUCCAGAAAGUCGAUAUAUAGAGAGCCAUGUGUGAAAAGUGUUGCGCCCACAUAACAGUGAAAGAACAUUCAUAUUCUCAGAAUAUUCCCUCAA